AGGAGUUAGAUAUUGAUAAAUCAUAUCCAUUCAUAUCAAUACUUGAAGAUGUCUUCUGUUGCUCACUCUACCAAUCCUGAUGAUAAAUUCAACUUGCAAAGAAAUCUUGCUGAUUUUCACCCUAACAUUUGGGGAGAAUAUUUCCUUCAAUAUGCUUCUGAAUCUAUUGAAGUUGAUCAGAAUAUUAGAGCACAAAUUGAAACAUUAAAAGUUGAAGUGAGAAAGAUGCUUCUCUCAAAAACUGAAAACGAAAUGCUAAGAGUAAAUUUGAUUGAUUCAAUAUGUCGUUUGGGCUUGAGCUAUCAUUUUACACAUGAGAUUGAUGAUGUUUUGCAACAUAUUCAUGAGAGUUGUGUUGAAAAUGAAGAAAUAAUUCUUGAAGACAACCUUUGCUCUAUUGCUGUGCUAUUUAGGGUCUUGAGGCAACAAGGAUUUCGUGUUUCCUCAAAUGUGUUCACCAAGUUCAAGGACGAGCAAGGAAACUUUAGUAAAAAACUUGUCACCGAUGUUGAAGGAAUGCUAAGCUUGUAUGAAGCAUCACAUAUGAUGAUUCAUGGAGAGGACAUUUUAGAAGAUGCACAAGUUUUCGCUGCCACCAAUUUAGAGGCCAUCGCUACCCAAUUAAACCCUUCUCUUGCAUCACAAGUCAAAUAUACUUUAAAACAGGCUAUUCACAAGAACUUGCCUAGGCUAGAGGCACGACGCUACAUUUCUAUCUAUGAACAAAUUCCUUUUCAUAGUGAAGUUUUACUCACUUUGGCAAAAGUAGAUUUUAAUAUGCUUCAAACCUUACAUCAAAAAGAAUUUGGUAACAUUUGCAAGUGGUGGAUUGGAUUGGAUGUUCCUAAAAAUUUCUCUUUUGCACGAGAUAGGAUUGUGGAAGGUUGCUUUUGGAUUUUAGCAGUAUAUUAUGAACCCCAAUUUUCUCAAGCAAGGAAAAUGAUGACAAAACUAAGUGCCAUGUUAUCGAUAAUUGAUGAUACUUAUGAUGCAUAUGGAACUAUUGAUGAAUUGGAACUUUUUUCCAAGGCAAUUGAGAGGUGGGAUAUUAAGAACUUGGACGAUCUUCCCGAGUGUAUGAAAUUAAUUUAUAGAACAGUCUUGAAGGCUUUGGAAGAAAUUGAACAAGACAUGACUAAAGAAGGGAGACUCUUUACCCUUAAAUACUACGUAAAAGAAUUCCAAAUGGUAGUCCAUGCAUUUAUGACUGAAGCAAGAUGGCUCAACAAUAACUAUGUACCAACAAUAGAAGAGUACUUGAACAUUUCAAAAAUUUCAACAUGUCAAUCAUUAUUGAUAACAUGUUCAUUCAUUGGCAUGGGUGACAUAGCCACAGAGAACAUCUUCAAAUGGGUUUCAAAUAAACCAAAAAUGGUGAAUGCUGUUGCUACUUUAUGUAGACUAAUGGAUGAAAUUGUAUCCAAUGAGUUUGAACAUAAAAGGGGACAUGUUUGCUCAUUGCUGGAUUGCAUUAUAAAGCAAAAUGACAUAUCAAGAGAAAAUGCUAUUGAAGAAUGUAGAGAAAGAAUUGCAAAUACUUGGAAAGAUAUAAACGAGGAAUGUCUUAUGCCAACUGAAGUUCCAAUGCCUUUUAUGACUCGUGCUAUCAACCUUUCACGUUUUAUGGAUGUUGUUUACAAAGAUAAAGAUAACUAUACACAUUCAGAAGGAUUGAUGAUGUCAUACAUCAAAGACGUGCUUGUGGAUCCAGUUCCAAUUUAAACAUUUUAGUCCCCUUGUCUUUAAGUUUGAAUAAUAAAUAAUGCAUGCAUGUCUGCAUACAUGUUGCUUGUAGUUUUUUUGGGUGGUUUUUAAUGGUUGAAGUUGAUCAAUUUAGCCGAUCCCAC